CUGUAUCGUUCCCCUCCCCGACGCGGCCGCCGCCUCCUUUUGCUGUCUUCCUCCGCCUCUCUUCGGUCGAUCUCCUUCCCACGCUCGCUUGGCUCCGACGCCGCUGGCAGUUGCCUCGGAUUGGUCGCUAGGUCAAUUGAAUUGGAGGUCGAGAGAGGCCACUACGUGGUCGAAGCAUUUAGGGAUUUAGAAGCGAUGGUGGUGGGGCAGCAGGCGAGGAAGGCGAUGCUGGGCGAGUGUCCGAAGAAGGUGGCACGGCUGAUCGACCUGGUCAACCUGCCGUCCAACCUCAGGGAGUUCGCCGGUGGCCAAUCCCAGAUGGCUCAUCUCAGCUUCUUCAUCCGCGUCUGGUCACAUAUCAAGACCCACAACCUACAGGAUCCAAACAAUAAGAACUUAGUCAAUUGCGAUGACAAGUUGAAGAGCAUAUUGUUGGGCAAAACUCAAGUAGAGCUGUCCAAACUUCCAAUGCUAAUCAAUCUUCAUUUCCCGAAACCAUCAAAGUGAUUGUGAGUUUCCAGAUCAUGUAGUUCAAAUCUCUGCUUUGAGAAAUAUAUCAUGUUUUAGCCUGCCAAGCAUCUCAGCUGGGUAAUGAACCAUCUGAAACAUUUUGUUAGCAUAAACACGCAAUCCAUUCUAUUAAGAUUACUUA